AUGUCUGCCACAGCUUCAAUGCGUACAUUUCAAAAACCAAAAUACUUAACUCCACCAUCAUUUCACUGCGAAACUGAUAGUGAUUGCCCAGAAGAUUCAAUUUGUUCAUUCUCAGACUUUUACAAAAAAUCUGUAUGUGAACGGAAAACAACAAUUAAUGAAGGAAUAUGGGUCGACAAUAAAAUUGAUAGAGAUACAAGAACUGAUUAUAAAGAUAAUCUACGAAGAAUUGAGGGCAAAACUCGUGUUGUCGAAUCUGCAAAUUCUUAUUUUGAAGCACUGAAAGAAGCAACUGCAGGUGAUGGAGCUCAGCCACGUCCAGAUGCCGCUGUACCACAGAUAGGUGAAGGAACGCAUUCAAGUCCAAAUGCCGGUGUACCACAGAUCGGUGAUGGAGUAAAUUCAUAUUUGCCCAGUGGUAUACCACAGAUAGGUGGCGGAGUAAAGCCGUAUUCAAAUGUUGCUGUACUACCGCGCAUAGGUGGUGGAGCUAAUCCAAAUCCGACUAUUGGUCUACCGGAAAUUGGUAGUGGAGCUAAGCCAAACCCCACUAUUGGUCCACCGGAAAUUGGUAGUGGAGCUAAGCCGAAUCCGCAAAUUGGUGGUGGCACAGUACCGCGUCCUACAAACGAAAUUCCGAAUAUUGGUACAGGAGCUGGAACAUCUGCAAAUGCCUUUAUUCCAUGUAUCUCUGACUUACAGUGUCCCUACGGUGAAAUUUGCCUUAUGUGGGCUAAUAUUAACGGGAAAGAGAUACGUGUUUGUACACAGAAAUUGUUAAGAGAGGGUAAAGUUUGUUUGUUUAACUCGCAGUGUCGGAUUGGCGAGGUAUGUGAAAGAAAUGCAACCGGUGUUUUUGUUUGUAAGCAUUCCUAUAAUGCAUCUGUAGAACGAGGCUGUGUUUUUGAUUUUGAUUGUUCUGGCAACUGGAAAUGUAUUAAUGUUGGUACAUCGCAACAAAAGUUGAAUUGGUAUCAUCGUCUUCUUUUUACAGCAAUUUCGAUGUCGUCCACCGUUAUAUGCUAA